AUGUCUCUGUCUCGUCGCCUUUUAAGCUCACGCAAUGCCUCAUUCGCGCCACAGUUGGGAAUUAAAGGCCUGGUAAGUUAAUUAUUCAACACAAAAAUUUUACGAGUCGAAGCAAUAUAAAAUCAUAACUUGCGACACGGCUUACGGUUGUCGUAUCCAGUUUUAGCUUCACGAAUAAAUGCUUUAUAAAAAAAUAAAUUUUCAAAUUUUUUUUUCAAAGAAAAAAGACCUAUGAGUAGUAAUUUUAGAAAGCAGUCCUAAACGCCGUCUUUUCUGCCUCAGCGGGUUGUAAAUCGUUGCGGUCAGGAGCGAGAUUAGAAAAAAGCACAUCACAGCACUCAGCUUUAUGCCAGUCUUGACAUUUCAUUAUUUUUUAACCGAACUGUUUGCCUUAAUGGAAUUUUCAAGAUCUCGUUGCAUUCCUCGGAAACCACACAGCGAGUCCUUUUGACGGUCAAGGAAAUACUUUCAGAAAAGGGGUAGUUAUUUUUACUUAUAGACUAAUAAACCUUGCUUAUUGAACUAAAAUAAUUUAUCUGGAUUCUCUAAACAAGCCCCUUUGGCAGCGACAAACUCAAUAAUCGAAGCACUUUUAUUUUUAGAAAGGACAACAAUAAUAUACAUGUAUAAGCAGUGCGGGUUUGCUCAUUACAUAUUUUGACUUUAAAAGCAAGCUAUGAAUAUUUUACUGAGGCAUCGCCUUAAUAAACUUGCUGGGGCGUGUUGUUUUCACAUCAAAAUCGUCUUUAUAACUGAGGGUCUCAAAUACGAAUUAUCUUGUCUUUCAUUGCAAAAAAUAAGUUUCCACUUCCUAGUGUUAGAAGACAGUUUUUUAUGUGCUCAGUGUGAAAGAUUGUCGGAGGAGCUUCGUACUUCAAAGUAAACAUUCAACUACUGAAUUAAGUUCGACUAUCAUUAGUCAUUCUUCUUCUCGAUCAUAUGAUUUUGACCUUUUGUUGAGCCGACUGCAAAAAUGACAUACUGUAUUUUCCCAUCGAUUUUAUCUGCCAUAUUGUUUUCUAUAAUCUCCAAGUCUGUAACAUUCUAGUAUAGUAGCCUUCAAUCCUGAAUUUAAUCUCAUGCAAUAUUAUUUUCUUUAUCUCUGUUCGUCGUCAGUACACGGUUUGUGAUGCAAUUUAGCUUUAUAAAACCCAAACCAAUCUAAUGGUCUGUUUGGCUAGCUUUUAUAUAUCCGUACUCCAUUACAUAUAAUUCACUGUUAUAUUGCUUCUUUUAAUCCCGUUUCAUUUUUAGCAGCCGUGAACCAGCCAAGACUGAUAUUAUAAACCGCCCUAGAUUAUUAUCUUUUUUAUUAACAUUUUUAGCCAUAAACUAAACGCCAUUUUCUCCUUGACCGACCGAAAACAGGUGCUCGAAGCAUCUAGAUCAGGCUGUCAAUAUACAAGAACAAUGAUUUGCAUUUUUUAAAACAAUUCAAGAUUCGUAUACAAACUGAAAAUCAACAUACAAAGAUAUACAGUGAUAAAAUAUUUCUUUCUCGAAUAUUUGCAAUAAGGUCAAUCGAUGCCUUUAGAAAAACCGGUCAGUACAAUCAAGUAUUUUUUCAGGCCCGCUAAAUAUCUUAUCCAUGGUCUUGAACGAGGGAUUUCCUUUCAAAGCUCAGCUUACAAUUUAAACAUACUAUCGCAUCAGAUAAACAGAGAUAUCGCUAAGCUUUCAGACACAACUAUUGUCAUUCAAAAAGCUCCUAAAACGCAAAAAAAGGAAGAAGGAAAAAAUAAAACAGAAGCGAUCAUAAUUGCCUUUAAAUGAUCGAACUCAGGAAGUCAAAAGCACAAGACACAUUUGAUCUGCAAACACCGGAGCCGACGCGCAAUUUAGGCAAAUUUUAGGUCAAAACAAAUUGAUAUUAAAUUUUGAGAACACAAAGAAAACGAGCCACUUUCUUCAUAGCUUUUGUUUCAAGGUCCGUAAUCAAGAUCGCCAAUCGUGUUUUAGGUCUCUUAAUGAUUUCGCGUGAGGCUCUUACGAGCGAAGCAGCUUAAAAUUGUUAAAUUUACGUGCUGAUAUAUAGAUUAAGCGAAGUUAACUUUGUAGAAGAAGAUAAGACUCCAUUUUUAAGUGUAUAAUUCAGAGUUGUCCCCGUCACUCAGGGAAAAACAAAUACUUUUCAAGGUCAGGGAAAAGUCAGCGAAUUUUGUUAAAAUUUAUAGGAAAAAUCUUUCAUAUUGUUUAAGUCAUUGAAAUGUCAGGGAAUUCUAUAUUCCUUGCACUCAAAAUCCCGUGAAAAGCGUAAAGAGUUUGAAAAUGAAGACAAGAAUAAUCAAAGGGUGCCUAAGGCUAACUUGUGCAUUAUAAAUUACUGUAUUUUAAAAAUGAAAGCUGAUACAAUGAACCUGCAAUUAGUCCACCGAUAUAUUUUGAGUCUGUCAAAAAAUAAAAAUAUGGUUUUCGAAAAGAAAAAAAAACGAAAAGGACCAAAGACAAACGGAAAAAAAAAAAAUUCCAAUGGCGAGAGACGAAACCCGGACCUCCGACGUGAAAGGUCAACGGCCAUUAUCUAUUGCCCCAGGACAACUAACAUGAAGACUGGCGUUAAAUUAAUCAUCUACACCAUUUUUGCACAUGAAAUUCUGCCGGUCGACGCUGUUUGAAGCCUGUAGUACUUUAUUUAUGAAGCCUUGAGUAUAUAUUCGAGGAAAACAAGCAUGGUUUUGACAGUUAAAUCCGUACUUUAACUCAUUUCGUCGCAUUUGAACAUACGACAAGUGUCUCGCAAAACCCUUGCGAAGUCUCUUGCAGCUUGAGAUUCUCGGCGUUUACAUGAGGAGAAUCAAUUACGAUUUAGCAACAGUAAAGAUUUCCGUUUUUAUUGAGCAAAGAAACAUUCCAUUUCAGAAUGAUAUUUCGCUACAAAACCAUGAGAUUGGGAGUCUUGACGUUAAGUCUUGACGAUCCUGUUUCAAGGUCCCAGAAUAUGGAAUUCAUUACCAAACGACAUCAAAAAUGCCCCGUCUUUUAGUAUAUUCAAGCAUGUGAUCAAACCAUUUUUAAGGGUCAGACAGAAUGCAACCUAAAUACCUUAACACCUCAUAUCUAUAUUUUCCUCUAAACACACUUAUAUACUUAAAUAAACGACUUUUUUCUUUAUUUCUUAAAAUGCCGCCUAGUAUUUAAAUUGCCCGUGGGGGGAAAUCUCUAUUCCUCAUAAGCUCGGCAUCUCAGAGAUUUCCCCGCCACAGUCACUCCUCCCAAGUAAUGCACAAAUUUUAAAUUUAAUGUUAGUUAACCUAUUCAUUAUCGUUUUUAUUCUGCUUGUAAUUCAUUGUGUGUGGCAAAAUAAUAAAAAAUAAAAAAUAAGAAAUAAAUAAUCGUGAGACUCACUUCAGAAUCGUGAGCUUGGACCAGCUUGGGAGUCGAAGAGCAAUUGCUGAUCUUUUCGUCAUGUUUAUCUCCUGGACGAGUCAAAAAGCUUCAAAAGUUCAUAAACUUCUGUGUCAAAGUUGGCCAUAGUGCUAAGUUGAAACAUUCAAACUCCACAUGAAGACCGUGGUCACGGUCUUGUGACUCCUGUGAAAUGUACAAAAUCAGCACAUCGCGGAACGGGAUGGAUCUACGACAGUUGUCGUUUUGAUAUCGGGCGCUUUCGUGCUGAACCGACUGAUUUACGAAAGGUGUCUACAUCUGAGUGAUACAUUUGCAUAUCGCAGAGCCCACAAUAACUUGUUCCUUACGUUACGCGUCAUCCACAAGUUAAAAAAACCCAAGCAAAUGUAAACAUGGAUUGUUUGUUCGUAUUAAUCAACUAAGUCAGGUCGGUGAAAAUUCUUUAGAGAUCGGUGAAAAGUCAGGGAAUUUUUUAGUUUCUGAUGAGUGGCAACCCUAAUUUUAAUAUUUUCAUAAAAGAAUUAAAAGAAAAAAGGAAAAAGAAAGACUGGCAAACAUUCGAGGGCAAAACUCCCUCCUUUUUUUAAAAAAGAAAAAAAUCAAUCGAAAUAUAAGACUUUUUCGCCGACGGUCUUUAGCCUCUGACUGAACGUGAAAGACUACGUGAUUUUAUAAGGACAAGCAUUCGGAGAAAAAAGCCAGUUUUCUCUCGCCUGAUGUAAAAUCAAGAGACACUUUUCGGGAUCAAAGAAGCAUUUGAUCGAACAUGAGGAGUUCCGAUCCUCAGAAUAUUGGUCAAUAAGUGACUGAUAUGCUCGAUGUACUUUUAUAUUUUCCUUCUUUUUUCUGUUUUUCUAUCGUGAACGAAAAGUUCUAACUUGUAAGCGGCUUUUCAGUAUCACAGUUACGUUAGGAAAAAAGAUAAUUUUACUGCUGUAGGUUAAAAUUCUGAUCCUGGAAAACACUUUUUGCAAUUUUCCGUUUAAAAUAGCGAAAUUCGUUUUGAGUUCCCCGUGAUAAUUUAAAGGGAAUGCGUAAUCCAACACAAUCUUCAGUGUACUGUAUUUUCUGAUCCAAAUAUUUUGUCUUAAGUGAGAUAUCAGUGCUAACGUUGAGUUAGGGAAGGUGUAGGUGGGCAGCUUUCAAAGAUAUUUUACUGCCGUAUUUUCAGUCAUCAGUUUGAAAAAUGACGUUUGUACCAAGUACCAAGUGUUGGUUUUGAAACGUGACUGCUUCUUAUUGCACGAACGUGCGAACGGUAGUUAUUAUAAAUCGAUUUAUCGUCUACAUAAGUGAUGAUUUUUAUUGAUAAGCCCACGCCACGUUCCCAGCCAUUUUCUGUUAUGUCCACUUGGGAAAUACGUAAUAUUUUCUAAAUCGUUUUCAAGCACGUUUUGUUAAUUACAAAUUUAGCGUUUUCAUCUUAGUUAGUUCAGUUCUAGUGUAGACUUCAUGGUGUUAACUUCUGUCAGCCAUUUGGGCUUUAUUUCUCUCUAUACUCGUGCUCAUCUUCUAUCAAGCUCAGCUUAGCUUUUUGAGUCCAGAUAACACUGGUGCGUCUGCAAACCAAAUUUGUACCGACUUUGUACCGAUUUCACAACUUAGGGACCUAUUGUCUUGUCAAUCGACCCCGUCGAUUCUUCUGUAUCAAGUUGUUACCUCUGUGCUAGGAACAUUGAUCUAGAUGUGGUUCGAUAAAUCCGUUCAUGGUACUUCCUUCACUCCUCGUUGAGUUCCCAAUUCGUUUUACGUCGCGCACCACGUUAAGUGAUUUACUUGGAUAUUUAGUUCUGGUAUUCUGUCCUUGUAUCCUUGUAAAUUUCACCAAGCAAUGAGAGUCGCCAUUGUACUCGACGAGCACCGACUUUGGAAGUACACACUCAUCUCAUGACCGUGAAAUUUUUCCGCUUUCUUUGCGUAACUGCAUAGCAACUUUCCAUAUUUCUUCAUUUCGUGGUUCUAAUACAGGAAAUUCAUAUAUGCAUCAUUUCAUCUUUAUCUUUUCCGAGUAUAUUAAGCACCAAUUUAACGCACUGCUCUGCUUCUAGUUGGCUUCGUAGCUCAAAUUGUUAAGCGCGCUGUAUCGAUAUCGCAGACCGGGUCAGGGUUCGAAUCCUGGCAAGCCUGAAUUUUUUCAGGCUUUCUUUUCGCAUCUACAUAAGUUGCGUAUUUAAUUGUGAUAAUAUUCUUUGCUAAUAUUACAAGUUUUAACAACCGAAUUUAGAUGAAGAUUGAUGAGUUUGAGUGCAUGAAGCGUUCCAUCUUGUUUAUGUACGAAAUGGGGCGAGGAGUAGAAAGAAAAGUAAAAGGGAGCGUAAGAGAAAGUCCUCUACCCUUUCGGACUUCUGAUAAGCCGGAUAGCGAGAGAGGUUCAUGAUGACACCAAUGUCUAGAGUGUCUAUGGAGUGAAAAGUCAUGCCUGUGUGCCAGUAGUCUUUAUAUAGUGGGUCCUAAUGGACACAACACUAGUCUUUCCCUGUAGUGGUUGAUCUUUUCUGUUUGCGAUUGUAACACUUCCCUGCCCCAAAUUCUCAAAAUAUGCUCAAAAUAUGAACUCGUAUUUUGUUUAUUUCCAGGUUAUGUCCCUCAGUUCCAGCUCAAAUCCUCGACCAGAAACGCAUCUUCACCCGUGUACAAUCCGCCAUGAUUCCCUCUUUAAAGCAGUGUGGGACUGGCUUAUUCUGGCGCUGGUUAUAUUCACCGCAAUAGAAAUUCCCUAUUCCGUGGCAUUCUUAAUACCAUUACAAGGAAGCAAAUGGUCAAACUUCGAUAAAGCUACUCCUCUGCUGGUCUUUAACCUUCUGGUGGACGUUAUGUUUAUUGUUGACAUUUUGAUUAACUUCAGAACAACCUUUAUUAAUCCUUCAACCGACGAAGUAGUAAGCGCUCCAAGACAAAUUGCACUGCAUUAUUUGAAAUCUUGGUUUGUAGUUGACUUUGUAGCGGCCAUACCGUUAGAUUAUAUGGUAAUGUCACAAGUUGAAAACCGGGUGGAUUCGGUAAGUCAUCGUUAAUUCUGGUAGCCUGCACUGCAGGCGUAUUUUGGGUGGGCGAAAGCUUGUUAAUAGGACCGCUACGAUGAAGUCGCCAUCUUUGAUUUUAUGACAGAGGAAGAUUAGGGAGAGUAGAAAUAGUAACCCUUAGCGUAGGUGUGAGGGCGAAAAAAGGAGAGGGGGAAGGGGGAGGGGAGGACGUUUUCUCUUCUUUCUCCCAGCCCCCCUCCCCUUGACUCGCCCCAUUUCCUCCUCUCUUCAGGAGUUUCAACAUGGCGCUUUCGCGAUCAAAACCGUUCGCUCGCUCCCGAUGAAAAUGCCUGCACUGCAGGCUAUAAUUCUGGAGAAGUCUUUUUAAGGGGCCGGAAAAUGACGGCGUAGAGCUGAGAUUAUUGGGACCACUUGUUCAAAGGCCUUUUAGAGCUAAAGCGGCGUUAAAUUUAAAUCCGGUUUUCUUCUUUUGUUCAAAAGCACUUGCUCUGAUAAUUUUCGCUAUUCUAAUUAGAGCGUCCAAUCAUCAAAUUGUGGACAAGAAGAAUUUAACUGAAUUUGCUUAUUAAUCUUUCAUGUAUCUGAAUUCAAUUUCUCACUAACCGUGGGCAUAGAUAGUGGAGGAGACUGGUUAGGAAAACCGGCAAACAUCAAAGUUGAAAACAACGGUGCUGUAGGUUAUGUUGGAAGCUCCCUGACCCUGCACAAUCCUUUGUGUUUUGUUCACAAAUUGUGACUGUAUAAAUUUAACGCGAUGUUUCUAUUGGCCAUUAACCCUUUAAGUCCCAAUGGUGACCAACAUCAAUUUUCUCCUAACAAUAUCCAUACAUUGUCAAGAGAUUAGGUUAUGAGAAUUAACAAAUGAUCACCAAAGAGAAAAUGCUUUGAUCUUUUCUUAAAUUCUCUCAACUAAUUCUUAAAGGAAAUGUAUGAGGAUCAGUUUGGAGAAUUUGUAUGUGGAUAUUGGGACUUAAAGGGUUAAGUUCAAAAUGAUGGGAAUGCUAUUGAACGUUGUGCACGGUCAGGUCCAAAAAAGCUAACAAAAACGUAUAGCAGAAGAGUCUAACGGGUUUCAUAAGCAUUCCAUUUUAAUACUGAACUAUGGCCCCUAAACCCAGCUUUGAACAACCUGGCCCUGGCCUCUACCGAAAUGGCCUGGGUUGGAAUUCCUGGGUCGAAGUGGUUACCAGCUGCUAUUCGGGAAGGCAAAAAUAGCAGACUUGAGAUAGCGGCGGAAAUUCAGCCUAAGGUUGCCUUAUAUUCCCCUCUCUUGCUCUGGAAAGUUUUUCUCCCUUACUGUAAAUGGUCUAACAGACGCUCGCCAGGCGUCUAGUAUUAAAUUUCACGAGCCUAAGCGAGGGCGUUCAAUAGAUAGAAGGCGUUUAAAAAAGAGAGGCGUUGUUUAUUCUCAUCGCUAACAAAUUCCACAAAAAUAUCACCACUGUUUAUAAAUAGAGCAAUUGUCAUGCUGGGCGUCUAUUGGACAGGGAGCGCGGUGUAUUAGAGUGGAGCGUCUGAUACAAACUUAAAAGCGUCGAAGGGGUCUUUAAUAGACAAGAGGAGUUUAUUUGAGAAAGGGCGUCAAUUAGAUCGUUUACAGUACUUCGGUUCAUCCUUCUCUUCGACAUCUGUAAGUUCCAAUUCGAUCUGCAAUUGUGGUAACGGAUGGGCCACUUUGCGGGGGCACGACUACAAGAGAGGAUCUUAUUACCUCUAUUUUGUCUAUUUUGACUGUUGAUGAUGUCUAGAUUGCAUUGUAUGUGGAACUAUAGAUCACAAGUUGUUUAAUAGUAAUUAUAUACCUUAGUUUCUUCAGGGAAGUGAGUGGGCCUCUCUCUGAUCCCACCGCUUGUUGUCUAUUUUGACUGUUGAUGAUGUCUAGAUUGCAUUGUAUGUAAGAGGCUGUAGUUAGUGUAUUUGUCUGUUGGAACUAUAGAUCACAAGUAGUUUAAUAGUAAUUCUAUACCUUAGUUUCUUCAGGGAAGUGAGUGGGCCUCUCUCUGAUCCCACCGCUUGUUGUCUAUUUUGACUGUUGAUGAUGUCUAGAUUGCAUUGUAUGUAAGAGGCUGUAGUUAGUGUAUUUGUCUGUUGGAACUAUAGAUCACAAGUAGUUUAAUAGUAAUUCUAUACCUUAGUUUCUUCAGGGAAGUGAGUGGGCCUCUCUCUGAUCCCACCUCUUGUCGCCGUUCCCGCCGAUGGCGUUUUUUGUACCCACCAACGUUUGUUCUCGCUUAUCUGGCUCUCCCACGUCAGGCAUUUUCUUCCUGAUUUACCUCUCUGAGAAAAACAAAGAGGUGCAUACAGCCUGAAUUUGGAAAAGGCCAGUGACACAGUGAUUUGUUGGAGCGAUCUGUUGCCCCAACAUACCGCUUAAUUAAAACGCUACAAUUUAUCGACCUCAUCUCUCUAUGCCAAUGCGAGAAUGGCGGUCGAGUUUGUUUAUUCUAGACAACAGAAAAUGAAGAACUUUUCAUCUUAAAGACAAUAACGGCAAAUUGUGGGUGAAUGGAUCAUUGUUGCGUUUUUGAAUGCAGUACCCAGGCAGUAGCGACCGUAGAUGUCCUCACAGCAAACAAUAAUGACGUAAAUCUGGUCGAAACUCGAACUGUACAUUUUGCAUCACCGUGUCGCUUUGAUAGAAUAAACAUACUCGAUCGCGGUUAGGCGUACUGGCAAAUUUUGUCUUUUCUUUGUCCCUGAGAAGCCACGUGACAUUGCUUUUAUCCCAUAAAUCCUUAAGUACGUGCAAAUAUGGCUGGUAUCGUAAAUAACGUCUGUUGGUUGGCCAAACGCACAGCAGUGCCAAAAAGCUGCUCAUUUUAAUUUCAAAACCUUCGGUGGAUUUUAAAACCUUAUUUUUAUUUCAUUUCAGGCAACAACUUUGUUUGGACUUCUGAAAACCGCUCGUCUUCUGCGAUUGGUACGAGUGACACGAAAACUGGACCGCUACUCAGAGUAUGGCACCGCAGUAGUCAUCCUGCUCACGUGCUUGUUCACUCUCAUCGCUCAUUGGCUGGCAUGCGUCUGGCACGCCAUUGGUUUUGCAGAAUCACGGAAUGAAUUAGGCUGGAUACAGGAGCUUAAUUCCACGAGUGUUAAUCCGAGUCUCUCCACUCGCUACAUUACGGCUAUCUAUUUUACCCUUAGUAGUCUCACAAGCGUUGGUUUUGGAAACGUUUCUCCAAACACUAAUGCGGAAAAAGUAUUUUCGGUUUGUGUGAUGAUCGUUGGAGGUAAGCAGAUUAUGCAUCCUUGCUUUUAACGGAAACGUUUGAAAUAGCUUUAGAGUAAAUUCCUCAACAAGUUUUUAGACUAUUCACAGACCCCUUUUCUCGUUAGAUGGUCGAGAUCGCGCGCUUUCCGUUACAGACCGCCAUGUCACAUGUUCCGAGGGGGCGCUGUCAGGGUUGAUGGUGGUGGCGGGAACCCUCCUCUCAAACCGUCCCCCACCCUCUAAGUAGAUUUCAUAUUUAUUCCCAGGCUAGACACGGUGCAUUUGAAACCAAGAUGGCCGCCUCUAACGGUAGGUGCUCGAUCUCGACCAUGUACGGACAAAAUAGGAGACUGUGAACAGUCUACAAGUUUUAGAAGUCACGAUCAAAACUGUUUGAACUUCCCCUUACAGGAUAACAAACAGUACCAGGUCUACCAGAGCACUAGGUGUUGGCCAGAAACUUUCAUCUUAAUGGCCACACCUCAGUUGAGAAUUUUAUAAUUUUCAGUAACAAAAUUACCUCUCCAUCGUAUAGUCUAGUGUUAAACUUCUACGUCAACAAUCACAAAGAUUUGAAUUGAUUUUCACAGCCUUGAUGUACGCCUCUAUAUUUGGAAAUUUAACCGCGAUCAUUCAGCGGAUUUACUCACGAACGUCACGCUUUCAUCGUGACUUGAGGAUCAUCGAAGACUUCGUUCGUUUUUACAAAAUUCCCAAGUCCACUAGGGAGGAGUUGGACGAAUAUUUCAGACAUGAGUGGGCUUACACCAAGGGCGUUGACAUGGAAACGGUAAGACACCUGACCCCAUAUGUAGCAACUCUAAUAAUAAUUUAUUGGAUGAGGUUUAGUGACCUAAGCCCCACAAAACUCGAAACUUUCUUUUCCACCCAAUCCUACACUCUUUCGCCGAGUUGUUCAAAGCUGGGUUUAGAUAACCCAGGGUUAGUGCGAAUUUUUUAGAUUUGAAAGCUCAAAAAGUAAAUACAGUUUAAUAAUUUCUGUCAACAAGUUGAUGAUUAGAUGCCCUUAAAUAUAACAGAGAAAAUUAUCCGAGAAAAUGCUUUGAACAACACAAGAAAAAGAAACCCGGGGGUUAAAUUUAACCCUGGGUUAAGCGCUAAUCGGCCUUCGAACAACUGGGCCCUGUACAGAAUUUAUAAUUUGAGAGCAUUUGAUUCGCUGUUUACUGAGAUACUCGACCGUCAUGCUCCAGUUAAAACCUUUAAAGCACGCUGUAAGCCAAACCCAUGCGUAACCGACAACAUCCGCGGAUUGAUGAAGACCAGGGAUGAUUGGCGUAAAAAAGCAAAGAAAACAAACGACCCGCUAUCCUGGACUGCCUACAGAUAUUUCAGACAGGAAGUAAAGAGGGAAAUUAGAAUUGCUGAACGAGAAUUUGUUGCUGAACAAAUCCAAAGGAACCCAAAUAACACCAAUAAUAUCUGGAAAGCAAUCCGCCAGUGUGUCCCCAAUAAAUCUACAUCUCAGCGAACAUUUAGUAAGAGCGUCAAAUCUGUUGCAGACGAAUUUAACCAGUUCUUCGUAUCUGUUGGUCAGAGCACUGUUGACAAAAUUACGUCCCUGGCUAAUGAAUGCAACUUAACACUUAAUCAGAAUUAUUUCGUGCCGAGACAAUACGCUUCCUCUGACCAGUUCACACUUAGUACCGUUGAUUAUAAACAAGUAGAGCGUAUAAUAGCAGCGAUGCCUUCAAACAAGGCCCCCGGGAUAGAUAAAAUUCCGAUCCGUGUCAUCAAAGACUGUCUUAAUCCAAUUGUUCACCCAAUAACGUCUAUCGUUAAUGCAUCCUUUCAAAACUGUGUUUUUCCAUCAAAAUGGAAAACAGCCGAGGUUACACCCAUCCUAAAGGAGGGCGACCAUGAACAGGCAAACAACAAUAGACCCAUCUCACUUCUACCAGUUUUAUCGAAGGUUUGCGAAAGGGUAGUACAUAAUCAACUCACCUCGUAUCUGCAAUCAAAUGACACCCUAUCAAAGAGUCAAAGCGGUAACAAGAGAUGGCACUCUUGUGAAACAUCUGUCAUUGAAACAACAGACACAAUUCUUAACGCCAUCGAUAAAAAGAAGUUAACGGCAGUUGUACUAUUAGAUAUGAGCAAAGCCUUUGAUAGUGUCAAUCAUGACACGUUAAUUUUAAAAUUGCAAGAUGUCGGAAUUUCCAGUGACACUCUCCAAUGGUUUCGUAGUUACCUAAGCAACAGGUCACAAGUAGUACGAAUCUAUUCAACGCUAUCUGAGCCUUUGUCUGUGACCAGUGGCGUUCCUCAAGGAAGCAUCUUGGGCCCACUUCUUUUUAGCAUAUAUACGAACGAUCUUCCAUUGAUCCCACAGAAAUGCAGCACCCAGAGUUAUGUAGAUGAUACGAAACUCAUCACUUCCUUCGAGCUUAAAGCCAACCUGGAUGCAAUUGCUGAUUUGGAAGACGACCUGUUUAAAAUAGGGGAAUGGUGUUCCAACAAUCAAUUGUUACUAAACCCUGGCAAAACCAAGUUGAUGAUAUUUGGCAGCAGGCAGAUGCGUGCAAAAUUCCAAUUUCGUUACCUUUCCUUUAUGGGUAAGGACAUUGUCCCUACAGACACCGCCAAAGACCUUGGUGUGACUUUGGAUUCUAAUUUAACUUACGAUGAACAUAUAAUUAAAACCGCUUCCUCGUGCAUGUCCCGCCUUGGCCAGAUAAACCGUGUCAAGCAUGUCUUCGACAAACGUACACUUUUGAUGAUUAUUAAUUCCUUAGUUUUUAGCAGGUUAUUUUAUUGCUCCAAUGUUUGGUCAAAUACCUCAAAAUGUAAUGUCAACAAGUUACAGGCAGUGCAGAACUUCGCAUGCCGCAUUGUUAGCGGCGCGCGUAAAUUUGACCAUGUUACACCAAUUCGCAAGGAGCUAAAUUGGCUUUCAGUUCCCAGUCAGCUUUAUUACCGGAACGCUACAAUGGCUUUUAAAUGUAUGACCGGUCAAGCCCCUGAAUACCUUACAUCAAAAUUCAUAAAGCGAGCAGAGGUUAGCCGACGUAGCACCAGAAAUUCACAGCUUUUACAAAUUCCCUUUUUUAGAACAGCUGCCGGUCAGAGAACAUUUUUCUAUAGAACUGUGAACUUAUGGAACUCCUUAGACAAUUCCUUUAAACUGUGUAACUCGAUUGAUGUUUUUAAAACUCGUUUACGUACUAAAUUACUUAAAGAAUUGUAAUUUUAUAUAUAUUUUAAAACAUUUUUUAAUUGUAAAUAGGAUCAUGUAUUGUCUUUGAAAAGCCCCUUGGGAAAGUCAAUAAAGUAUGUAUGUAUGUAUGUAGGUUGGCGUUUUAGCUGUAUUGUUGUACACAAUAGACAAGUGAUGUACCACGCAUAUUAAUCUCACAAAUCUUUUUUAGGUAAUCAAGCGUUUUCCAGAGUCGCUUCAGGCAGACGUCUGCCUCCACUUACACCGAGGUUUAUUCGAAGAAUGUGGCGUGUUUAAGACUGCUUCAGAGGGAUGUCUUCGUGCUCUGGCUUUGAGAUUUAAAAUCCGACAUUAUCUUCCAGGACACUACAUCAUAAAACAAGGAGAUGAGGUUAAACGUUUGUACUUCAUAGCUAAAGGCAACAUUGAAGUGGUAAAACAUGACGAGACUAUGCUCACUUUAGGUUGGUAUUUUGCUAAUAUGUUUUUUUUUCUGACAGCGCCUAAAUUGAGGGUUACGUGAAAUCCAAAAAAAAGAGAAAGAAACAGGAAAACUUGAAUGAUGAAAUUGUUUUUUUUUUUCAAUUUACACCAAAAAAAUUGCACGAUAUUUUUCAGUUCAAUGCACACAGCCAAAAGUCGAAUUCAAAAGAAACUUUUAAUGAACACCCAUAAAUCUUUCCUAUGGUUCUGUUCACUCUUCCAGGAUUGCUGGAUUGUUUUACUACUCUUCCCACCCCCUCUCAAAAAAUGAAACUUAAAUCUCAGACGAUGCAUUUUAUCAAAUUUAAUAAACACCUAUUAAACCCUUUUCUAUUUUUUCCUUAAAUUGUUAAUUAGUCUUUUAAGUACAUACAAUCGAAUUAAGCACAAAAUUAUUCAAAGAACCCUCCAAAGUCAUCGCCAUCGCGAUAACUUUGUAGUUAUUGCUCUUAAUUUAAACUAUUAAGAAUUUAUUAUAAUUUCUAACUGAUUUUGUUGUUUCGAAUGACCAAUCCGAGCUAAAAAAAAUUUAGUUGCAACAAUUAGAAUGAGAAUUCUUAGCAAACUAAGUUACUGAUACUAUCUGGAUUGUUGUGUCUUGUUUGUUUCACAGGUAAAGGUGACGUCAUCAGCUGUGAUUACAGUACAGUUCAGAGUCUGUAUAUUCCGCAAGCCAAUGCCAGCCUUCGCGUUCAAACACAUGGCGAAAUUCAUUCAGUUGCUUGGAGUGAUUUGGUUGCGGUGCUAAAGGCUUACCCUUCAUUUCGAGAAGAUUUUCUCACUCAUUUGGAGCUAGCGUAUAAUCUGGGGACUGAAGCGGAGGUGAGAUCGCGAUAAGCUCGCGGAAGUGUGACAGACCAAAUUUUUAAAAGAGUGUUAGAUGCGACGAUAUUUUUGCUUCAACAUUUUGUUGUAGAUCUGCGGAUAUUGUGACUUCAUCUCCUUUGGAUGCCCCUUUUGUAUGUUUCUGCUACUCGUGUAUCCGUCUCUGCUCUGCAUGGAUUUUUUUGUUGUUACAUCUUGCUGUUGUAUGUUUUCGGACAAUUUACUUUCGUCUGGAACAUAUUCAUUGUUGGUUUAAAGUAUAAAAGGAAUGUGAUCUCAAAAAAAAAAAACUCACAUCACAUCCUUUUCGUUAACAGUUUGAACUGGAAGAGAUAACUUUAAAGUAGUUGCACUCUAUUUAACCAUCUAUCAUUUGUUUUUGUAGGAUGAAGAGGUCGUCCUUUUAUUUCCAGAAGAGACAAAUCCAGGCUCUCCGCGGAGAUUGUCCAACGCACGAUCAACAUUCUCCUCGCGUGGUAACGUGGACAGGCUCGAACGCACAGGGUCACCAACUUUCUUCAUAAAUGGCAGAAUUCCUCAGACACAACAUGCAACGGGAGGAGAUGGCGGCGGGGGAAGUGAGCCAAGAAUCCAUAAUCUAAUGCCAUCUAUUAACACCACACCUCCUUCGUUAAUAUCACAGCUAAAUUCCGCGCAAGUGCAGUGCUCGCAUAACACAGAAUUUAGAAUGCUUGAACAAAGGAUGGAGAACUUAGAAACGCGGCUCACAACCAUGGAGGAAAGAAUAUCAGGAAACUUUGAGACAAUUUUGAGUUAUUUGCGGAGUUCGAAGAAGGGACAUUCUGCUCCUGAUCUUAGAACCACAAAUGUUUAAUCAAUACGUCCGUGCUUUUCUUUCGUAUUCAUCCUUCUCUCGUACUAAUGUUGCCAAGUAACUAUUUACCAAAUACCGUUAAAUUCCGAAAAUAAGCCCCUCCAUGUAUAAGCCCCUCCAUGUAUAAGCCCCUCCAAAUAUAAGCCCAAACCGGUGAAGCAAAAACUCCCUCCGUUACCUCGCCCCUCCAAAUAUAAGCCCCCCGGGGGCUUGUACUUGGAAAAUUGCCCUCAAAUACAAAGAAAACAACACAAAAACGGUAAAUUUACUUCCAACUAUAAGGCUAGCCCAAUCGAUUUGUAAACCCAAAUUUCCCUCCGUAGAUAAGCCCCUCCGAAUAUAAGCCCCUCAAAAAGGGCCGUUGAAAAAUAUAAGGCCCGGGACUUAAAUUCGGAAUUUUACGGUAUUUAUUGAUAGAACAGUUUAAUUUUAAAUUUUUAAACAAACAGAGCGAUUUUUCUCGCUUUAAUUGGUAAAGAGCUUGUGGUCGAUGAGAGUAUAGAGCGUUUUUACUCACGUGGCCAGCGUCUAUGCAAAUUUACUCUUGAAUAAACAGCGAGGUUGAUCGAUGGUCUAUAGGCCAAGCAGCCUCGUUUCCAAUCAAAUACACCAUCGAUCAACCUCGCUUCCAAUCAAAUAUGCCAUCGUUUAAAUGGUAUAUUGCUCGCCUCUUCCAAAUAUGGUAAGCGCCAGUUGGUUAUGAAGAAUUAGCUGGAGCCAAUCACAAACAGCCGAUAUUUUAAAUGAGUCGGUCAUUAUCUACAAGGGUCAAGAAGUGGCCUUGCUUGUAAAAGUUUAGUCAUUUCUUUGUCCAGAGUUGAACCACACUGAAGUUCUAUUCCUCAGAAAAUAAAAAUGUUAAACCUCCAUUUAUACCUAUCGAAGUACUGUAGAUAUUUCGUAGAUAUUAGUAAACAGCAGUGGCGCAUCCAGUGCAAUUAAAUCAAAUUUCCAUAUUUUAACAACGAACGGAUGAGCAAAAAAUAAAAAUAAUAAAGUAAAAAAAGAGAGAUAAUUUCCAUAAUCUAACAAUGAACCAGUUAUAUUAUAUGGUUCUAAAAGUCUCUUGAAAAGAAAUUAAAUGUGAGAAGUUCAAAAGACAAACCGGAUUUUUACCGCGAGCAAGGAAAUGUACAAAUGCGCUUUGUCAUAAAUGUUAGUAAGCAUGUUUUUGACGAUCGUUCAUAUAACGAAUGUUAGACAUGAAAAUUCACGAACCAAUAUUCGAAAUUUUGUAUACUCUUUCUUGUAAUUAUCGUUGAAAUAAACAAAUAAAAAUGAAAUUUAAGUAAUAAAUUG